AUGGAACUGUUGCCGAGUGCUUGGAUUGAAGUCCUCGUGAUGAUACAGGUCUAUAUCCUAGCUGCUGUGUACGUAUUGAAAGAGCUACUUUUUGAGGCCACUAAUCAAGGAGUGAAGAAACGCCUGGAGAAUGAAAUCCGGAAUUCUCAUGCAAUUCGAUCUUCUUGCAAGAAAAACGUGUUGAUUACAGGAGCAGACGGUACCAUCGGAAGAGAGGUAGUGAGGAAAUUGUUGCGCUAUGAUUUCACUGUACACGCGUUGGUUGGUGAUCGAAGGAAAGCGAAGGAGCUGUUUGCAUCGUUGAACGGAUCGAAACUACCCCUCACUCUCUACGAAGUAGACCUAGCGGAUCCUCAUGAGGUGGCAAAAUUCGCCCGCGGUUUUUUGGGAAGGUGUACCGAGCUCAGCGUUGUAGUAUUGUGUGCCGGAACGAUGCUGGUUCCUCUAAAAUUCGUCAACAAUGUUGAGGCUCAUAUGUGUGUUAAUGUGGUGUCUCAAGCGCUUUUGCUACAUCUUCUUGAUCCCCUCAUGACCUCCGAGACGAGAAUAACAGCUUUGAGUUCAGCGACUGCAAACGUUGCUUUCUUCUCGAGUUCAUUGCUACAAGAUCCUCUCUCGUAUUACGUGGGACCCUAUGAGGCAUAUUGUUUCUCCAAGCUACUUCUUUCUGUAUACGUUGAAGAACUAGCUCGACAAAGGGCACAGAGUAUUGUUACCGUUCAUCCGGGGGUCAUACCCGGCACACUUUAUCGUCACACCAACACAUUCAUUAAGUUUGCAACUUAUUUCAUCCUACCUUCCUUCUUGAGGAGUCCGUCCUUCAGUGCAUUACUUAUUGCACAUACAACCUUACGAGAUGACCAAAUAGCGGGAUCGUAUUACGAAGAUUGUGUUCCUAAAAUGCUGGUUAGGUUAUCUGAACAGGAAAAGUUAGCAAUUUUCAAGACAGUCAAACGACAAGUGGAAGAAUGGACCCGAAUAGAGGAUUAG